UUUAAAUCCUUUGCCAGCAGAUUGCAGACAUCAGGGAGGAUUUCAGUCAGAAGUAAACAUCUAUAAAUACUCCGACCUCAAGCCACACUGAACUUAAUUCAACAUGUGCUGCUGAUUGUUGUUAAAUUUCACAGAAACUAAAUUUAAACAGUCACUUAAACAGUUUUUUUUAAUGAAAACUGUUACCACUGUAGAAAAAAACUGAAGUCACUUAAGAUUUUUACUACAUAUUUUGAUUGUAACACAUAUACUGUACAAUGUUAAUUCAAUCAGAAUUAACCAGGGGUAAAAAGAAAAGCAGACAUGGUAACCAGCAGGGUAUCUGAUUAGUGAGAUGAGCUUAUGGUCUUAAGCAUGCGCUUUAUUCCUGUAGCGUGACCAUGUGUGUGUGUGGGAAGGACUGGAAGCUUCAAUCCUGUUCUUCAGUCUUGAGCUCUCUAUGGCAUACAAAACACCAAAUGGUCAGCGGUGAUAAGUAGAAAAAUUGUGGACAGGGACAUUGAAGGACAACGGGAGAAAACUGGUAUGGUGCGUAAACAAGAACCAAGUUGAGGUUUUCUGUAAAACUGAUCAAAAGAAAAGGAAAAGGAUUCUCCCAUCAAUAUGGGGUGCUCCCCCUCUAAAGGUCAACUAUUCAGCAAAAAAGCUUUGCUGUCUGGAUCACCAGAAAGCGAGAAAGAGAUAAACACUGCUUCAGAAGGACUAGCCGCAACAGAGAUACAAGAAAAUGCAAAAAACAUUGAAGGUAAGAGAUCCUCAGUAGAUGAUGUACAUUGCGAUGCCACUGUGGCAGGCAAAGAAGAUGCUACUGAGAAGAUGCUAGACGUGGUCCAUUCUCAGGAUGGACAAGGUGCACAACCGGGCCUCUUAGAAAACCAAAAAGAAGGAACAGAAGAAAAACGGACAAAAGAUAAGCAAGGAAAGCGGAGAAAGCAGAGGAAACAGAGACUGAGAAAAAAUUCCUGUUUGCAGUCAAAGGCAGAGUUCAUACUGAAAGCCCACCAGGCAGCCUAUGCGUACCUGAACCCCAGCAUAUCCAAAUAUGAGUCUCUUUUAGGGCUCUUGAGCCAGGCUGCUCAGACCCAGCUCUCUGUACAGACCACAGUAGCUACAGUAGUCUUGCACUAUGAAGAGAUCAACCAGGCUUUGGAGGAAAUAGCCGCUGAAGGCGAGCAGCUGCUGAGGGAACAUGGACACAACAUGAAGUGGCCCGCUUUACUUAAAGACUAUCCACCUACAACCAAGCCAAGCAAUGACCUGAACCAGCUUCCUUCUGAACUGCUGCAGCAAAUGCUUCUUCACUCCACAGUUAAAAUGAUCUCAGUGGGAGACUCUGUGAAAUGCCUGGGUGACUCAGCCUUAAAGGAGCUAGCUGACUACUUUGGAUCCCUGUCUCAGGUCUUAGGAGAGAAGCUGCUGGCUAAGCAUGCGGCCGAGGAGCGCCUGAAGCAGGUUUUGUCUCGUGUGGAAGCUGCUGCCCUCAGGAAACCAGGUCCAGAGGAUUCUGCACUGCACAGUGAGGACAGCGGCAUAGGUGCGGACAAUGAGUGUCAGAAUGGCUCGGAGCGCUUCCGUCGAAAUAGAGGGAGCUUAGGAUCAGGAGCAAACACUGGAAUAACAUCUGUCUUUACCACCACUUGCUCUCCAGAUCAGCAGCUUCUUAACGCCAAUGAGGAAGGUAUAGACAAUGAUGAUGAUGAUGACAAUGAUGAUGACGAUGAUGAGGAUGCAGAACUUGAGGAUGACAUCAGUGGUAAAGAUGAGCUGGGGAGGCUGACCAACAAGACAAGGAGAACAAUGUGUGGUUCUUCUGAAGCAAACUCCAGCUUUCCCCCAGAUCAGGGUGGUCUUCAAAACCAAGAUCAAGUCAAGACCAGUAACUUGAAAAGGAAAAUCAGACGACCAAAAACAGCAGACAACACCUUUCAGCUGAAACUAAAACACCGCCACUUAAGACGACCAAAGCGCUCGCAAUCUGCCGAGUGUUUGUGUAGCAAAGCGGAAGAAUCAGAUCCAAAUGAGGAACAAGGAAACCCAAGGAACAUGAAAACACCUCACUGGACGAGAAAAAAUCAUUUUCCAGAUGAUCUUGUUCACGGAGGCCGUGUACAUACAAAGAUUAGAAAAGGUUCAUCAGGAGGACAGUGCUCAGCAAGGUACUAUGGCCUCCAGUAUGGCAGCAAAGGGCCUUUUAGGGCAGUACCACCAAGCUCUCCACCAAAGUUUACUCCAGAACCACCUGGGCGAAAUGCUGUCAAGAGGCUCAUUAAUACUUUUAGCCAAGGGGUGGAGGAUAAUUCAAGACAAAGUCCUUUAGACCAAAGACCAGUAAGAGUUAGGGGCAACAAGAAAUGCACUCUCCCAUUGCUGGAGAACAGCAGAGGAACACUUACCACCAGUAGGAAUAGCAACAGUAGCAUCCAUUCGCAUGAGCCCAAACUGGCUGACAAACCUGAAAAUCUGGAUAUAGACAGCCUCCCACCUCCACCCCCAGAAAUGCUCAUGGACAACACAUUUGAAAGCGGCGUAGGGUUGCCCGCUGAGGAGGGGGCUCAUGAUUUACAGUGCAGAGGGCAACGACUCCGCACUUUAACGCAAAGAGAAACUGUUUACUCCAGCAGGGCAAACAUGCAGAGAGGCACCAUGAGCUUCUCAACGACUCAGUCUGCUGAGUCAGGUUUGCAAGGUUCCGUGCCUCAUCAAGGAUGCAAGAACCACAAUGAGGGCGAGACUGCAACUAUGCACUCAAAAGGUUUUCCACCAACGACUCCACCUGUCUCGAGGACACGGCUUCCACCCUCCUGUCCCACUCUGCACCACCCAGUGCCAAGUCCUCCAUUCACAACCUGCCCUCCUAGUGGGAGGUGGACUCCAUCCACAACAUCAACCACCUCUAGUAUUUCUGGGUCACAAUCAUAUUUUGAAGCUCGGGCCGUGUUCUGUCAGGAGAACCAAUCACUCCCUCAAACAUGGACACCUUCAUGUACAUCUACAUUGCCUCGGCCAUGGGGAGAACCUGCCAGAGGGAGACCUCGCAUUCAAACCUCUUUUAUGGGACGCAGUCCGUCAGGUCAUAGGUCAUCCCACAGUGAGCAGCAACAGUUAUUACCUAAUGGCAAACCACAACAGGGUCUUGGCAGUGACGUCACACCUUUGACCAGUGAGGGGUGAGUAUAUUCAAGUGUCAUUCCUUGUGAAACAAUAUAUAGCAAAUCUAUGACACAAUAAAGGUCUGAAUAGUUCAAGGGUUUAGUGCAAUGGGUAACCUACAAAAAGACAAAACAGGUGCACCCGAUGCAAAACAGGUAGAAUAUGACUGACCUGAUCUGUCUUCAUCAACAUAAUUGUGGUUUUGUUUAGUGUAGCUAUAGUUAGUAUUAUGGCUA